UGAUUCGACCAUAUUUACCACAUCAGAGUCUCAUUCAAUCCUCAGCAAAAUGAAGGGCUCCAUUUUCACUCUGUUUCUACUCUCUGUCCUAUUUGCCAUCUCAGAAGUGAGGAGCAAGGAGUCUGUGAAACUCUGUGGGCUAGAAUACAUACGGACAGUCAUCUACAUCUGCGCUAGCUCCAGGUGGAGAAGGCACCUGGAAGGGAUCCCUCAAGCUCAGCAAGCUGAGACAGAAAGAUCCUUCCAGCUCCCAAAUAAACAUGAGUCUUCAGAGGAAAAUCCAGAACAAAACCCUUUGAAGGUGGAUGCCUCAGGGGAAGACCAUCUUUGGGGUAGACAGAUGCCCACUGAAGGGCUUUGGGAGUCAAAGAAGCAUUCAGUGAUGUCAAGACGAGAUUUACAAAGUUUAUGUUGCACUGAUGGCUGUUCCAUGACUGAUUUGAGUGCCCUUUGCUAAGACAAGAGCGAAUACGCAGUGGGUGGCAGAGCUUUAUCACAUGUUUAAUUGCAGUGUUUUACUGCCCGGUAGAACACUAACAUUGUGUUACUAAAUGAUGGCUUUUGGGUAGGCAACUUCCUUUUCUAAAAGGUAUAGAUGAGUGGAUGCAACCACAGUGAUCUCUAUUUUCUCUCUUUGCCAAGGUUAAUGAACUGUUCUUUUCAAAUUCUACGAAUGCUUUGAAACUUCAAAUGCUGUGCAAAAUUGCAAUAAAAAUGCUAUAAACCAA